AUGUCUAAAGUAGACGCAGCGCUUACGGCGCAAAAAUCGAUCGGAACCAAGGUUCGAUCUAAAUUAACAAGCUACAAUUCGUUACCUAUUGAGAGGAAAAAUUACGAAUAUGUAAAGCAAUUGAUUAAUGAAGCUGAAGAACUUCGGAACGAGUUCAACAAUAAUAAUGAAUUUUUGUGCAGAACUGCGUUGUUGGACAGCGAACAUCAAUACUUCAAGGCCAACUACUACGACGAAACGAUAAAGUAUUUCACUGAGUAUAAGGCAUUGAUGCAAAAAACAAUCCAUGAUUUACAAGAAGCAAAUCCAGAGCAAAAAACCGGCAAAACUGGAGACCAUGUAAACCUGGAUAAUUUGUUUAAGCAUGCAAACGAAAAUCCUAAAGAUAUCAGCAAUGCGACUGAUACUACCUCAACCAGAAUGGGGUUAUUAAUGCAGCGGCUCAAUGAUUACAUAAUUGCAGUGCAUAAAGCGGAAAGCGAAAAUGAUAUUGAUCAAGCCAGAACGUUGGCAAAUAUCAUUAAAAGCUAUUCGAGAAUUAUAGAAGUGCAGUGCGACAUAAUUAGCAGUCCAAGCUGUAACAUACACGAUUUCUUCGAUAUGACAGAUGAAAUGACAAGAAUUAUUGAGAAGUACGAAGCCUCGAAACCUUCCAAUCCAGCUAACUGGCAAUCAUCGGCGAAAUUACCGAAAUUAAAUGUUCCUCUAUUUUCCGGGGAAUACGUCAAAUAUAAAUCAUUCAAGGAGUUAUUCCAACGUAUGAUUGGCGGGCAGCAGCAAUUGGAUGACUGCGAAAAAUUGGCAUACUUGAAAGGGCAAUUAAAAGGUGAACCUUUAAGAUUACUUUCAGCGUUACCAAUAGAAAAUGCCAGUUACGCUAUCGCUUGGAAAACGCUCAAUGACAGAUAUGAAAAUUGUCACUUGAUAAUGGUGCAGCUAAUGAGAAAACUAAAGUCUGGGCCAAAAAUGGAAAGAUACGUCGUCGAAUCAAUGAAAAACAUCACAGAUGAAAUCAGUGAAUCCAUUUCAUUGAUCUCCAACAUGGGAAUACCUUGGAAUGAGGAUACUGACAUGUUGUUCUACUACAUAGUAGAAGAAAGAAUCGACAGCAUAACUAUGGGUCAUUUCCAAAACAAAAUUGAUGGUCCACCCAAAUUGCGUGGUUACAAAGAAUUACUGGAAUUUUUGAAGCAACGUAUCAGCAUUUUAACGGUGGAAUCUUCAAACGAAGAGAAAGGCAACAAGAAGCCUGCAAAGAAAAUAAGUUUCCGGGAAUUUAAAAGCCAGGAUACACCUAACCAAAAAACGUCAUUGGUUGCCACUCCAAGCGCGUCCCCAAACAUCUUUAAUGCCAACAAGAAAUGUGAUUGCAAAGAACCCCACUACAUAUCGAAAUGUCCAGUAUUUGCUGCACUAAACCUAAAAGGCAAAAUGGAAAAAUUGAGGAAUUGGAAGAUGUGCUGGAAUUGCCUAGUAAAAGGGCACGAAAUACGAGAUUGUAAACAAAAAAAUAGUUGUACCAAGUGCAACAGAAAACACCACACUCUAAUGCAUUCGGAGAAAAUGGCUACGUCAUUAUUGGGAACAACAACUAAAAAUGAGCAUCUUGAUCAUGUGUUCUUGGCAACCGCAAUAAUUAACGUCAUUGGGUCAAAUGGACAACCGUGUCAAGCCAGAGCAUUAUUGGACUCUGGUUCCCAAAUAAAUAUCAUAACACAGAAGUUAUGCAACAAAAUUAAAGCAAAAUCAAGCCAAUCAAGCUUGAAAAUUAAUGGAGUAGGAUCAUCGCAAGUGGAAUCAACAAAACGAGCAAGUUUUGUUAUUAAAUCAAUGGCAUCUGGAUUCGAGGCGAAUCUAGAAGCGUUCGUCCUAAAGGAGGUCAGCACGUGUCAACCAUUGAACGAAGUAAACACAAGCAGAUGGAAAAUUCCAAAAAAUAUCAACUUAGCUGACCCUAAAUUCAACAUACCAGCAGCAAUUGACAUCAUCAUUGGUGGAGAGCUUUUCUUCAAACUAAUUUCCAUUGGACAAAUCGAGAUUGGAAAAUCCUUACCAGAUUUGCAAAAUACGGUGUUCGGUUGGGUAGUAACUGGAAAAGUGCUGGGCCUACAACAGCAGGAAGCUUUCGUGGGAAUGGUAAAUGAAACUCAGCUCGAGAAACAAAUUGAAAAAUUCUGGCAAUUGGAAGAACGCUACAAGGUCAAGAAACCAAUGACUGAUCGCGAAGUAAAUUGUGAGGAAUAUUUCGACAAAACUACUAUGAGAGAUAGUGACAAUGGAAAAUUUAUUGUGAAUUUGCAAUUCAUAAAAGAACCAUCAAUGCUGGGCAACUCGAAAAAUAUGGCCAUAAGGCGAUUCCUGUUCUUGGAAAGACGAUUCCAAAAGGAUCCGGAGCUAAAAGAGGAAUACGUUACUUUUCUACGAGAAUACGAAAACCUUGGGCACAUGGAACGAGUACAGUUGGAAAAUAUAACUGAUGAGAAUUAUUUCAUACCUCAUCAUGCCGUUAGGAACCCAUCCAGCAGCACAACGAAAUUUAGAGUAGUUUUCGAUGGAUCGGCAAAAACUACAACGAAUAUUUCACUGAAUGAAAUACUGGCUAAUGGUCCAAUGCUUCAAGACGACUUAUUUUCCAUAUUAGUUCGUUUCAGAAAACACGCGAUAGUGUUUUCAGCGGACAUUACAAAAAUGUAUCGCCAAGUAGAAGUGACUGAAAGUCACCAAAAAUGGCAGAUGAUUAUCUGGCGAGAACAACCAGACCAACCAUUGGGAUUUUAUAAACUAAAAACAUUGACAUAUGGGCUAACAUGUUCUUCUUAUUUGGCAAUAAAAGCACUUCAAACAUUGGCAGAAGAGCACAAGAACGUCUAUCCUGAAGCCGCAGAAAUAGCAAAAUCAGAUUUUAACGUUGACGAUGUUAUGACUGGAGCCGAAAAUGUGGAACAAGCGCUAGUGCUACAAGAGCAAUUAAUACAGAUGUGCAAAAGUGGACAUUUUGAACUACAUAAAUGGUGCUCCAAUCAUCCAAUGUUAUUGAAAACAAUACCAGCAAAGAAGCGAGAAGUAAGCCUGGAGAUCAAUGCAGAAAAAACAGAAACGAAGGCAUUGGGAGUAAAAUGGAUUCCCAAAGACGACAUUUUUAUGCUUUCGUACGUUCCAAAAGAGCAUAACAAAGUCACAAAGCGGACAGUCUUAUCGGAACUAUCACAAUUAUUUGACCCACUUGGCUUCGUAAAUCCG